AUAAGGAACUUGAGGCACGUGACUAGCCCAGGUCAUUAAGACUGUCAGAACACUGGCUAGGCUUCUUGAUCUCCAGGCCAGUUCUCAGUCCUCAACCUAAUGUGUUCAUUCAGCUGGUGCCCUUUCUUCCACUAUGGGGUAUUGGGCCUGGGAGGGCUCCUGCUCUUGCUUGUGGUCACUCUGUUCACCUGCCUCUGUCUGCUCCGUCGGAGAGUGAAAAGAUUGGAGAGAAGAUGGGACCACCUUCCAGACCAAGAGCUCCACUAUGCCUCUCUGCAAAGGUUACCCAUAUUGGGCAGUGAUCAGGUCGAAGGAGAAACAGAAGACAUGAAGGAGGACCACAGCACUGACUACGCCUGCAUUGCCAAGAACAAACCCACCUGAGUACCCCCAGACACCUCCCUCACCCCAGGCGGGUGGUCAGGAUCAUCCUGUGGUUCACUCAGUAAAGACUAUGAUCUUGCCA